ACCUUUAUAACCCCGUCUCCGCUCCUCCAUCGCCUUUCUUUCUCCAAACGGAUCUCCAGAUCGUCUUUGGUUUCGGGAUUUGUUAGAAUUUUAGGACGAUCGGUGGCGUUCGGGGAUACGCCGUCGGUGAUGGCACCUCCGAUGGCUCCGGCGAGGGAGCAGGCCGGCGAGUCGCCGCCGGCGCAGCAGCCGCCGCCGGAGGGGGGCCAGCGGUCGCUCCCCACGCCGUUCCUCACCAAGACCUACCAACUCGUCGACGACUCCUCCGUCGACGACAUCAUCUCCUGGAACGACGACGGAUCCGCCUUCAUCGUCUGGCGCCCCGCCGAGUUCGCCCGCGAUCUCCUCCCCAAAUACUUCAAGCACAACAACUUCUCCAGCUUCGUCCGCCAGCUCAACACCUACGGAUUUCGUAAGAUCGUGUCGGAUCGGUGGGAGUUCGCCAACGACUGCUUCCGGCGAGGCGAGAAGCGGCUCCUCUGCGACAUCCACCGGCGCAAGAUCAUACCCCAGGCGGCACCCGCGCCGGCGCCGACCCCGGUGCCGGCCGUCACGCCGAUCACUCUGGCCGCGCCGGAGAACUGGGCCGGAUCGCCAACGAACUCCGGAGAGGAGCAGGUACUAUCCUCGAACUCAUCCCCGGGGGCGCUGCCGGCACCGGCUACGGUUGCCGGCGGCGCGGUGGAGCUGAGGGACGAGAACGAGAGACUAAGAAAGGAGAACUCGCGGCUCUCCCGCGAGCUCUCGCAGAUGAAGAACCUCUGCAAUAAUAUUGUCCUUCUCAUGUCGAAGUACGCCUCCAGCCAGCAGCAGGGCGGAGGCGGAGUAGAGGGCGGAGAGCAGGCGGCGCCGGAGGUGGCGCCGCCGUUGCUGGAGCUGAUUCCAGCGAGGCGGGCGGAGGAGGAGGAGGAGGAGGAGGAGGGGCGGGUGAAGGCGGAGGAGGUGACGAGCCCGCCGUCGCCGGCGGGCCCGUGCGCGAGGCUCUUCGGGGUCUCGAUCGGAGUGAAGCGGCUCCGUGGGGAGGACGGCGGCGAGGAUCCGCCGGAUCGGGCGUCGGCUCCGGAGGUGAAACCGGAGCCGUUAGAUCCGGGAUCGGGUCCGGAUCGCGAGUCGUGGAUCCUCCGUUGCCCGCGACCGAGUCAGCGGGCGUGUAAUGGAUCGGAUCGGGUUGCCGGAGGAGAACGGGAGAGAGGUCACGUGAGCUAGGCAAGGAACGGUCACGUGCAGCCAACUAAUAGUAGAUUAGAAAGUUAGAAGGCCGAAAUUGUUUCUUUCUUCUGAUGUAAAAUAUAAUUAAUUUAAUUUCUUUGGUGGAGGUGCGCUUCUCCACUUCCAGGAAGGUGUUAUAAAAAAGGAACACCGGAAGCGUAUUUCCAGAAUCUAGAACUGACGUGAUGUAAUUGUGAAGAAAGCGUGUCGGUUUUGUGCUCUCCCUUUGUUUACUAUCUGACUUUUUCUACGCAUUUUUUUCACUAGAAAAUGCUAAAAUAACACUGAAAUCUAUA